AAAUAUUCAUUUCGUUCUCUUUCCUGAGCUCAAGCAUAUAUAUGGCUUCAGUCCGAGUCCACAACGCAUCCCACAUCACCAUCUCGCCUUCACCGGCGCUGGGAAAGGACCCCCUCCUCCUCCUCCCCCUCUCCUUCUUCGACGCCAUCUGGAUCCCCUUACCACCCAUCCAACGCCUCCUCCUCUUCCCCGGCGCCACCCCUGACCUCCAUUCCCUCAAAUCCUCCCUCUCCGCCUCCCUCCGCUGCUUCUAUCCACUCGCCGGUAAGCUCACCUACCUCCCCGCCACCGGUGACGUCGCUGUAGCUUGCUCCCCGGAUGAUCACGUCACCUUCAUAGAAGCCAGCUCGGACGCGGACUUCAUCCGUCUCGCUUCCGAUGAGAUCCACGACGUCGACUCGUUUCUUCGGCUCGUACCGGAGCUGGACACUAAAGUUUUACCAGCACCGGUCAUGGCCGUUCAGGUGACGAAGUUUGAGAGCGGCGGCUUGGCUGUUGGGUUUGCCGUGAAUCACGCGGUGGUGGAUGGCCGGGGCUUGUGGCAGUUCAUCGAGGCCUGGGCCACGGCUUGCCGCGAGGGUGAGGAAGCGAUUUCAGACGUUUCACCGGUGGUUCACGGUUCAACCGUGAUCCGGCACCAUCCUUGCGGUGAUGAGAUCGCGCGCCGGAUCCUGAAGAUGGUGGCGCCGGAGCUUCCCAUUAUCAUAAGUGAAAAGCUCAACAUGGAAGAAGAACGAUCAGAACUAAUGAGAAGAACGUUCCCAAUUAGCCGGGAUAUGAUCCAAUCCAUCAAACAACGAGCCAAAGAAGGCUGCAUCCAAUAUUCAACAUUCACAGUGCUCUCAGCUCUGACUUGGAUCAGUUUUAUAAAAACCAAAGGUAUGGAGGACCCUAAUGAGGAGACCGUUUUAGGGUUCCUCAUGGACUGUAGGACUCGCCUCAUCCCUCCAUUGAAAGACAAUUAUUUGGGCAAUUGCCUUAAGCCCUGCUUUGCAAAAGCCAAGGUCAUGGAACUAAUUGAAAAUGCUGGACUUUCAAAGGCGUGUUCAAGGAUCAAAGAAAAAAUAGAUGAGAGUUCUAAGGACGUUUUGGGAGGGUGUGAAGAUUGGGUGGGUGAGUUCAAGAGAAAUACCAAGUUGGUCAAUGUUCUUAUUGCUGGGUCUUCGAGUUUUCGUGCCUAUAAUAUAGACUUUGGUGUAGGGCGCCCGAGUAGGACGGAGCUAGUUUCUGUGAACCAUGAAGGCCAAGUAGUGCUCGUCGGGGGGAGAGAGGAAGGAGAGAUUCAUAUGUCAGUGUGCCUCUCCCCUUCUCAUAUGGAGGAAUUCACCAAAGAGUUUUCAAGAGAACUCUGUGUUUGAUUUGCCUUUUCUUUGUUUUUAUUUCUAUUUUCUUGUUUAAUAUAGUGUUUGUUAUUUUUA